AGCAUGGACCUCACUGUGCUCUGCCUGCUUCUGCCCCUGCUGUCCGCGGCCUGGGGCCAGUACGGGGACUACGGGUACCCGUACCAGCAGUACCACGACUACAGCGACGACGGGUGGGUGAACCUGAACCGGCAGGGCUUCAGCUACCAGUGUCCCCACGGGCAGGUGGUGGUGGCCGUGAGGAGCAUCUUCAACAAGAAAGAGGGCUCGGACCGACAGUGGAACUACGCCUGCAUGCCCACGCCGCAGGGCCUCGGGGCGCCCACGGAGUGCUGGUGGGAGGAGAUCAACAGAGCCGGAAUGGAGUGGUACCAGACAUGCUCCAACAAUGGGCUGGUGGCCGGCUUCCAGAGCCGCUAUUUUGAGUCUGUGCUGGACCGGGAGUGGCAGUUUUACUGCUGUCGCUACAGCAAGAGAUGUCCCUACUCCUGCUGGCUGACCACAGAAUACCCAGGCCACUACGGGGAGGAAAUGGACAUGAUUUCCUACAAUUAUGACUAUUACAUGCGAGGCGCAACCACCACAUUCUCAGCCGUGGAAAGGGACCGCCAGUGGAAGUUCAUAAUGUGCCGCAUGACGGACUAUGACUGCGAGUUUGCAAGCGUGUAGGUCCGCUGCUCGCCGAGUGCGGGGGAGGCCAGGGAGCCGGGAG